AUGCCGCUGGAGCUUCCUGAUGAUGACCUGGGACCAGUGAUUUCCACUGAGCCAUUGCCCACCCAGAAGCCUCACCAGAAGUCUCGCAAAGGGAAGCGCUCCAGAUCAUCGAAAAGGAAGAUUGAGCCAAGCACCUCAGUGGCCGAUAACCUUCCAUCUGAUGAUGAUGGGCCUCCUAUGACAGUGCCAGGGUAUGAACCCACUGAUUGUUUUUCUGGUGCUCUUCUACAAUAUGAUGAUGAAAGGCUGAAGCUGGCUGCCCAGAAGAUUCCAAGUCAGGUGCACCAUCCCUUUGAUGAUUUGAGGGAACUGCUGAGUGACUUGAAGCCGCCAAAGGGCCCGCGGUGCACUCUUUGGGAGGUAUUUUCAUUACCUCGACUUCAGCCUGUGAUUACCAAAUUGGGAGGUCGCUGCACUAGGUCCUAUGAUCUUCGCAACUUCUUUGAUUUGGGAGAAGCAGCUAUGCAAAGGACAUUGUUUCAGGAUAUUGCUAUGCUACAGCCAUUGGCUAUCUUCCUGUCCCCGCCAUGCACUUGGGUUUGUGCACUGCAGCAUUCGAACUGGGGGCGUAUGGCCAAGUCGAAGAGGGUGCUGAAUCUGGUACAAGCCUUGAUGCUUAUUGACCUGGCUAUGUGGAUUGCAGAGCAUCAAGUCUCAAGUGGCAACUACUUUGGAUUUGAACAUCCUGCAGGAAGUUUAGCUUGGAAUCGUGCAAGCGUAACCUUUGUCCAGCGCCACAGCAGUGUGAGGAUCGCUGAGUUCGACCAAUGUCAGUUUGGUUUGGAGUCAGUUCAAACCAAAACACCAAUCAAGAAGCGCACCAAAGUUAUGACCAAUUCAGAUGAAUUGAUGAAGGCCCUACAUGGCCAGUUUUGUCCAGGAACCCACACACAUCAGAUCAUUUCUGGUAGUGAGGGUGGCCUCAAGCGUUCAACAGCAGCGCAGGUGUACCCUGAUCGUUUGUGCAUCACAAUUUGCAAGGCACUCAUUGCUCAGGAGGCUAAGCAUCCAAGGUGA